UCGAUUCGCCAUGCUUUGCUAUGGAGUUCACGAAUAUCUACCAAAUCUCACCAUUGACUUUUUUACUGAAAGCAAACCUCGUGAUUUGCACCGUUAUGUCUCAGUGUGGAUUUAAUGAAUUUCGGAGGCAGUUCGGGAACUCAAUGGGAUACCAAUGCGUACCCUGCCGAGAGUGUCCAAAUGGAUUCAGGGAGAUGUCAUUGUGUAGCAACGUCACAGACACAGAAUGUGAGCAAUGUCCUAGCGGAACAUUUUAUAGGAUGACUCGUCUUGAGAAGUUGUGUCAGAAAUGUAGACAGUGUUCGGUGAAUUCUGAUCAGUUGGAAUGCAUGAAUGAUACAAACAUCAACUGUUCCAGUUUCUGUCAAGAUGUCAGAACACUGCGGACCUGUAAGACCUGCUCAACUUGUAGGAAGAAUCAAUUUACAAAAAUUAGCUGUUCGGCCACCGAAAAUACGGUCUGUAAGACAUGUAAACAAUGCAAAGGGCAUCAUUUUAUUGCCAGGAAGUGUUCAAAAAGUAGAAAUACCCAUUGUAAACGAUGUCGUAAGUGCAUAAAAGGUAAAACUUACUUAUAUAAAAAAUGUAGAGGACACAGAGACACACACUGUAAAUCAUGCUCCACGUGUCCGCUCGGAUAUUACGUCAAACGGAAGUGCACAAGACGCCAUGAUACCAUUUGCGCUCCUUGUUCAGCUGAUAAUAUUAAUGAUGUCAUGUGUAACAAGUGCCCCCAAGGUACUUACUAUGAAAGGUCCUCCACCAACCAAAGUGUAUGUGUGUCCUGCGCUCAAGGUACCUUCAUGGACAUAAAUAAUCACAACAUCGGAUUCUGCAAGAGAUGUCGACGCUGUGGUCCGAAUGAGGAAACAAUACAAGCAUGCAAUGCUACUCACGAUAGCGAGUGUGGGGAUUGUUCGAAAGGUUUUUUCCGACUGCGAUCCUCACACAGCUGUGUUAUGUGUUCCAACUGCCUAAAGAAUCUAUUCAACUCCUCAAGCCUUGAAGUGGACGAGUGUCGCCGACAAAUGAACGACACGGACAAAGUUUGUAUGCCGUCUAUUCCCUCAGUACUUCUGGUCGUCAAUGCAUCACUUCUUUAUAGACUGGGAUUCAAUCAAGGUGAAAAUCCAGUUUAUAAUGAAACAAUUGACGUAAAUGGAACUACACUCCUCCCAACCAGAAACUACACCACGACACCCCUCCCAAACAGACACCACACCACGACACCCCUCCCAAACAGAAACAACACCACGGUACCAAAACAGGACGGAGACCGAAGACUGACCAGCUCGAGGGUUGUCCAGACUACGGCUGCAGAUAUAAAGCAAUAUAACAUAAAGAAUCACACAGAAACCAGAAUAAAAUCCUAUAUUGCUUUAUCUGAAUAUAACAACACUAUAACUUCAUUGUUAACUCGCAGCAAAGAAACGCCCACAGCUGUAGAGAGCAGCUCUGUAGACGCUGGGACAAUCUCGAUUCAUGGGGUCUCAACGUACAGUCCAAUUGUUGUUGGUUUUAUGCUGAUUUUAAUAAUAGUUUUAAUCAUUCUGCGAUUAUUUAUGUUUAAGAGAAAACGCUCAUUUUCUUUGAAAAAACAAGAGAUCAGGUAUACAGUUUCCAAACCAACUCUCUUUUCUACUAAUUCGAUCACCGACUGUUUCGAUUUGGGCAUCCAAUAUCACAGAACAAGCCAGAAAUACAGUAGUGAUCCGGACUUUAAGCGCCAUUCUGAACCUUUGUGUAGGAAUGAUAGAGGAUCCUAUAUAUUAGACUAUAAGUCGAGAUCGCUCGGUACUAUCAACGCCGCCGAACUUGAAUUCUGGAAUGAUCGAUCACUGCCAAGGAGUACCACACGAUACAAUGCAUAGAU